UUUGCUAGCGAUGCCAUUUUUAAAAUUGCGAUGGACGUGGCUUUUGCUCCGUUUUCUGUGCUCUGGCCGAGUCACCAGCUUUUCAAACGAUUGCGGUGCAAAUGGAGACUUUCCCAAUGGAAGUAGAAAUAUUGAAGGCAAAGCUAAGACUAGAAAGUGGACUGCAUUUCCGAGAGAGUACUUUAAGAAAAGGCCUCUUAUAGUGGGCACAUCUUCCCCACCCCACCUCUCGUGGUUUCCACUCACUUAGAAGCUCCAAAAUCCAACACCUCAUCAAGAUGGCCAUCCGCCUUUCCCCAAGAUUACCUUGUUUCUAUUUUAAUUAUGUACUUUGUUCUGUCCUUGAGACUUUGUGUUUUUAGUCUUGGGACUGUGGAUUUCUAACUUGUAGUAAUAUUGUUUGUGAUAUAAUACAUAGACUCUCCUUUUCAAAAAUCGAGGAGAAAAGGCAUUUUACAGUCAUAGAUUUUUAAAAAGCAUUAUAAGGGACCUUAGAGAUAAUUUAGUCUUACUACUCAUUUUAAAUGAGAAGAAUUAUGAGGCUGCAACAGGUAAAGAUAUUUGCUCCUAACAUGGAACAGAUGCAUGUAGUUAAUCACUUGUCUGGAAGCCCAACAGAAGAGAAGAGAAAUGUGUUAGUGGAAAGUGCCAGGAUUGCAAGAGGUAAUAUUCAAGAUUUGGCGGACCUGAAGGUCAGUGAGUUCGAUGCGGUUAUUUUUCCUGGUGGAUUUGGUGUAGCCAAGAACCUCUGCUCCUGGGCUGUGGAUGGAAAGGAUUGUACUGUCAAUAAUAUUGUGAAGGCUACUCUACAGGCCUUCCAUAGUGCCAAGAAGCCCAUAGGGUUGUGCUGCAUAUCUCCUGUGCUGGCAGCCAAAGUCUUCCCAGGUUGUGAAGUUACAGUUGGCCAAGAUAAAAAUGUGGGUGGAAGGUUUCCUGAUGCUGAAACGGCCACUGCUAUACAGGAGCUUGGAUGCAAACAUGUUUGCAAAGAUGUGGGUGAAUCCCAUGUAGAUUCUACCAACAAGAUCGUCACCACUUGUGCUUUCAUGUGCAAGGCCCCUCUGCAUGAGAUUUUUGAUGGAAUUGGAACAAUGGUGGGAGAAGUCUUGAAACUUGCGUGAUUUGUGACUAGUUUAAAUGUUUAAACAUUAAAGGUUUAAAUGUUCUUGACUGUUCCAAUAAAAGAGAUUCAGUCAUAGCCAA